GAGCAGCGGGAGCGGGACCGCGAGCGGGAGAAGGAGAAGGAGAGGGCGAAGGAGAAGGAGAGAGAGGCGGAGAAGGAAAAGGAGAAGGAAAAGGAGAAGGAGAAGGAGCGCCUCGAGAAGGAGAAGGAGAAGGAGAAGGAAAAGGAAAAGGCGAAGGACUCGUCGGAUGACGAGGAGAAGGAGAAGGGCGAGGAGAAGGCAGAUGGUGCCCGCAAGAGCAUCAAGAUCAUGAGGGACGGGUCGGACGAAGAGGACAAGAAGAGUGAGGACGAGGGCAAGACGGACAAGAAGCCUGACGAACCUGCAGCCGACAGAGAAAAGACAGACAAACCUCCGGAGAAGGUGACGAAGGAAGAUUCAGAUAAAGAAAAGGACGAUAAAAAGAAAGACGGUGAAAAGAAAGACGAUUCGGACGCCUCUGACAGCGAUAAGAAGAAGGGUGAUGAUAGCGACAAGGAGGAAGGCAAGGCGGAUGUUAAGGACAAGGAGAAAGUGGCGGAUAACGGCAAGAAGAAAGACGAUGAGAAGAAGCCAACAGAGGCGGAGGCCCCCAAGGAGACCGAGCAGGAGAAGGAGGAGCGCGCCCGCGAGAGGCUGGCCAAGGAGCGCGAACGCGGGGAGAAGCAGAGGGCCGAGUGGAGCCGCAUCGAGAAGGAGGAGGAGGAGAAGGAGAGCGAGAGGCAAGCAUCCAUGAUCGAGCAGACCGAGAAGGAGCGGAACGCUGAGAAGGCGAAGCAGGAUGCGAUCAUGGCACGAAUUGCAGCUCACGCUGAGAAGGCUGCCGUGGAAGCUGCGAGGCUCGCUGAGAUGCCCAAGAACCAGCUCAAGGGGAUCGUCGGCGGCGCGGCGCCCGUGCGGUUCCAGAUGGCCGCGGGCGGCGGCAGCAAGAAGGACUUGGACUCCAUCGCGGAGAAGUACGAGAAAUCCCUCGCCGAGAAGGAAAAGCAAGCGUCGGCCGUCGCCCCGCAGGCCUCGGCGCCCGCCGCGCCCAAGGGCCCUUUUGCCUCGACGCCCAUCGUGCCGCGGACGCCAGGCCCCGUGCCGGGUCAGCCGCCGGCGCCGGCGCCGCAGCAGCAGGCGCAGCCGCCGGCGAUGCAGGCGCAGCAGGCCCCAGUGCAGAGCCCGCCCGCACAAGCUGUUCAGCAGCCAGGUCCUCCAUUUGCGGCCUCUGCAGUGGCCGGGAACGCCAUACAGGCCAUCAUGGGGAACCUGCAGCCUGGGCAGACUCCGUCGCCGCUGCAGAUGCAGCAGCUUCAGAACUUGAUAGCGCAGGCGCAGAGGCUUCCUGGAGGCGUGCAGCUGCUGAUGCAGCAGCUGCAGAAUUCUCCGGUGGGCGCUGCCCUUGGCAUGGCCCCGGCCCCAAUGGCAGGCGCAGGCGCGGCGCAGGCGUUCACGGUGCCCGUGGCGCAUGCGCAGGCGCAGGCGAUGACGAUGCCCGCGGCGCAGGCGAUGACGAUGCCCGCAGCGCCCGUGAUGGCGAUGACCACGGCGCCCGCCGCUGUGGCGCCCGCGGCGCCUCCAGCGCCAGCGCUGCCCGCCCCGCAGCUCCAGGCCAAGGCCCCGGAGCACGUGUCCAAGGCUGCCGUGAUGGCCAAGGGGCCCUUCACGGCGCCGCCCACCGCGAUGUUCUCGCCGCCGAAGGCCGCCGGCGACGUCCCCUUCAGCAAGGGUGCCGUCCCGGGCAGCAUGGGAACCCCCAUGGUUCCACCUGUCUUUGCUAAGCCUGGUGAUGCCCCGAUACAAGUGCCAGGAGCGGCGCUGUUCAGCAAGGCCGGGCCGAGCGCCGGGCCGGAGCCCCCCGCCUUCGGCAAGCAGCCAGGGCCAGAGAUCGGCGUGACCGUGAAGGGCGCCCCGCCGGCUCCCCUGCCCGGCCCGGCCGGCUUCGGCAAGGCGCCCUUCCAGGGCCCCACCGACAGCAAGGCGGCGCCCAUGGACGGCAAGUCGCAGCCCGUGCCCUUCGGCGACGGCAGGGUGCCGCCCGUGCCUUUCGGGACCAAGGCCGCGCCCGUGCCGUUCGAGAGCAAGGCCGCGCCCGUGCCGUUCGAGAGCAAGGCCGCGCCCGUGCCGUUCGAGGGCAAGGCGAAGCCGAUGCCCUUCGUAGACGGCAGGGCGCCGCCCAUGCCCUUCGGAGACAGCAAGGCGCCGUCCAUGCCGCCCAUGCCGUUCGAGAGCAAAGCAUCGCCCAAGCCCUUCGGUGACAGCAAGGCUCCGCCCAUGCCCUUCGGCGACAGCAAGGCUCCGCCCAUGCCCUUCGGCGACAGCAAGUCGGCGCCCAUGCCCUUCCCGGGGAAGGGCGACGGCAAGGGCGUGGGCGACAGCAAGGCGGCGCCCAUGCCCUUCAUGGCGAAGAGCAUGGACCAGAGCAAGUCGGCGAUGACGGGCCCGCCCAGUGGCAUGCCGGGCCCGCCUGCUGGCAUGCCGGGCCCGCCCAGCGGGAUGCCGGGCCCGCCCGGGGGGAUGCUGCCGGGCCCGCCGGGCGGGAUGCCACCCAGCGCGACGGCGCCGGGUGCUGGGCCGCCCGACCAGCUCGGGAGCAAGGCUGCCAUGGGUGGCCCUCCGGGCGGCAUGGCGCUGCCUGGCACCACGCCGACCGGCAAGGCGGCCAUGGGCUUCGGCAAGGGCGGUAUCCCGAACCCUUAUUUCAUGCCCUCGCCGAGUACCGGAGCCGGAAGCAGCACAGGC